AUGUUUCGACGAGUGAUUGGCGCGACGUCGACGUUGGGGCGACGGACGUAUGCGGCUGGACCCUCUGACGUGGCAGCACCACCGCUGCUGCCACCAGUGAAGCUGAAUCUUGGAAACUUUGACAUCAUGGUCGCUGAGCUGCGAGCCGUGGCGCAACUGCCUCUGCGGUCGUCACCGUCGAAAAAGAAGACGGAGAUGCCAGACACCCAGUUCCUCAAGGCCAUCGGUCGACAUGAUUUAGUCCAUGCCAUUCGAAAGAAACACGGCGGGUUUGUGGCUGUGGCCGAACGGCUUGGGUGGCACAUUGAGACCACCAAUGCUCGGGAGUCGCAUAUUAAGUUGGCCACGCGGGAAAAGCGACGAACCCAACGACUGAAGGAGCUCCAGAAACAUAAAGUGUUUUAGCAUUCAUAUGCAUAAAUUGACGAAUAAUUGUGUGCA